CUUUAUCUCAUUUGAAAUGCUAAGAUUUAAGCAAGUUAUUCAACAACCUGUUGUUCAGUUCUCUUUCUUAUUUAGCUUCUUUUUCUUCAUUACUAGCUUCUAUCUGUGUCGAUACUAUAUUUACAAGCAUAGUCAACAAGAAAGAACAAGAGAGAAGCAAACAAGCUGGAUUUUGACCCUUUGGAGUAGUUUAGUUUGUACUGUUGUUUCAAUUCCUUUUGUGAUCCAAUUCUUUAAUGCUGAUCUGGAUAUGCAACUAUUGGGAAUUGAUAACUCAUUUCAUACGGGCUUUGUCUGCUUCUUUAUUACCUAUCUUAUGCUUGACUUGACUUUAGGGUCUAUUUAUUACAGAGAACGUAUUACACUCAUGACAGGAUGGGUCCACCAUAUGUUCUAUAUGGCCCUUUUGUCUUAUUUCUUGCGUCUUCAGGUCUCAUCUCUAUUUACAGUCAGUUCUAUUUUAGAACUACCAACACUGAUUUUAGCUAUUGGAUCCAUAGUGCAUGAAUGGCGAUCGGACCUUUUGUUUGGAUCAAGCUUUUUUCUCCUGCGUUUGGUGGCACAUGCCUGGAUGACAGUCAAUCUCAAAAGGCAUCAUCGUAUUGAAUUCAUGUGGAUUGUGGCUCUUAUUAUUUAUCCACUUCAUAUCUAUUGGUUUUAUGGCAUAAUUCAAAUACAAAUAAGAAAGUUGACUGCCUAUCGAAAGAUGCAGCGACUUGCUCAUAAAACCAAAUAUUUCAUCUAAACUUUUUGAAUAAAAACCAUCACAUAUAAAAGGC